GAGGACAUACACCCGAAUUUUAAGAUCGUUGUUUUCAAUUGAGGCCUAAACGGCUUCACCAAUCAUAGUUUGGUCACCGAAUUGGCAUCGAUCCGCGGCCGUUGCCGUCGCCGCCGCAGCCAAACAACAAAUAUGUAUAACAACGAUAUCAAAGCCUACGGCGAAAGUAUACAAAAUCACGAACCAUUGUUUCCGUUUCCGUCCGAUGAACUCGUGGACGACGACUUCAGUUGUCGGUCGACAUUGAAAAAGGACGAACCGGCCACCACUUUGACCAUUGAAUUUCGUCUAUUGAAUUGCAAUGAGUUCAGUGUCCGGGCGUCCAAAUAUAACGACCGAUUUAUAUCAUUGGUCGAGAAGUGUCGCCAACGAAAGACAAAAGAAAUGAAAUAUUGUUAUGAAUUAGAUGUCAAACACUAUAUUUAUAUCUUAAGCCAUCUUAAGCACUUUCACGAAGAAAGCUAUACAACUGUCAACUAUAACAAACUGGACAACGAGUUCAUGCGGGCACUGAUGGCCAACAGCCAGUCAAACAACGAUAUCAUAAGAUUCAUACAAUCAGAAGAAAGUAGUCGAAUGUCGAUAAUAGAGUCGUUGACCUCAAGUCCAGAGUUUGGCGAAACAGUUCAGCUAAUGAUAGACAACAAAAUGUUUGACGACAUAUAUCCGAAUCAAUUGAUCUCAUGGUAUACAGCAGUCGCCCGUAACGGCAAAUGUAUAUUAGUGGACACGUACGGUAAAUCGUUGACCGCCCUACUUGUUAUGGUACACUUCAAAGACGACUGGCCGCUGGUUAUCAUUUGCGGCGGCGAUCAUCGUAAAGAGUAUUGGUUUAAUGAGAUGACCGAAAUGCUUAGCGGCGCCAAAGAAUUGAACAUCAAUAUUGUGGACGAAUUAACCGAUAUUUAUGUUUAUCCGAAUCCAUUUCCCGAUGUAAUGAUCAUGAGCUACGAUGUGUACUAUGAGGCGAAAGAUACCAUUAGUUUUAAGUGUCUGAAUCUCAAGGCAUUCAUCUUUGAGGACCAAUCGCGCGGUAAUCCACAUCAGACCCGGCCGUGGAAAGGAUUGUCCAAUUGUUUUGACAAUCUUUCGAUUGCCAAACGACUCGUUUUCAUUUGUGCUACCAAUGGCUGUGAUUUAUCUCAUAAUCUCAAACGUUUGUAUCCAAUGUUUCGGCUAUUGGAUGGCCAAACGUUUGCUGAUUAUAAUAAAUUUUACGAACACUAUUGCGAUGAUAGUAUAGAUCAACGUAAACGGGAUCAACAUCUCCAGGAACUGGAGAUACUGUUGCGAUCAACCUUUUUAAUGCCAAUUGCUUUUGUCUGAUAAUAAUAAUACCUAUACAUCUCU